AUGCUUAUACUUAACACGCUCACAAUUCUCAUCCAAGUGGUGUUUAUAGUGUUUAUGUCCAUAAUAUCUAUGAAUAUAAUCCGACACUUUACGAGUGUGAAAAAAAUGGUUUUGAUCGCUCCUGCGCUCUUUGUGAAUCAUGGAGGUGGUCCACUACCAUUAUUAGGUGACAAGGACCAUAUGGGACUGACAACUUUCUUACGUGAUGAAGUGAAAAAGCAUGUGAACUUUAAGGAUUUAAAAGCUAUCAUAUUGGUAACAGCACAUUGGCAGGAGAAACAUGUAAGUAUAUCAUCCAACAGUCAUCAUGAUCUUUAUUUUGAUUACUAUGGCUUUCCCCCAGAAUCUUAUGAGUACACAUACGACGCACCUGGACAUCCCGAACUAGCAAAGCAGGUGUACUCAGCCCUAUCAGAUGCCGGGAUUGAAGCCAAAUUAGAUUCCUCCCGAGGCUGGGAUCAUGGUGUAUUUGUACCAAUGAUGUUAAUGAAUCCAGAAGCAAACAUUCCAAUAGUACAACUUUCUGUUCUAACAAAUCAAGAUGCGGAACAGCAUUAUCGAGUUGGUGAGGUAUUGCACAAAUUUAGAAAAGAUGGGAUUGCUAUAAUAGGUUCAGGUAUGUCGUACCACAAUAUGAGAGAAUUUAUGUAUGGAAGGAGUGGCCACAAGGUUGUAAAUGAGGAAUUUGAUUCAUUCUUGAAUGAAGCAUGUACAACUAAUAAUGAUAAGAGAAAAGAAAAGCUUAUAAUUUGGGACCAACAACCAGGAGCAAGAGAAGCACAUCCACCUCGUGCAGCAGAACACUUCAUGCCAUUGGUAGUGAUUGCAGGUGCUGGUGGAAAGGCACCAGGAGAAAGGAUCUUCAACUGGGAUCUCAGUGAUAGUUUUAGAUUAAGUGGAUUUAUAUGGAAAGAUGAAUAA